AUGCCCGGUAUCUUGCCAAUGAAAGUGAUCAAGGUUGGCGGUACUGGAACACAGAGUCGGAUUGCCCAGGCCUGCGACCGAUGCAGAAGCAAAAAGAUUCGUUGCGAUGGUGUCCGACCGUGCUGUACUCAAUGCGCCAACGUCGGCUUCGAGUGCCGCACCAGCGAUAAAUUGAGCCGGAGGGCCUUUCCUCGCGGCUAUACGGAGUCUCUGGAGGAGCGAGUGCGGGCCCUGGAGACGGAAGUCAAAGAUUUGAAGAACCUGCUGGACGAGAAGGACGAAAAGAUUGACGUUUUGUCCCGGAUACAUUCGUUCUCGCCGCCAUCGCAACGGGCGGCAUCAGUGCGAUCUCCCUCGACAGCUGCUACGAGUAAAUCGCCUGGGUCAGACGCAGGUGAGGGCGUGAUUCAUGUGGUGCGAGUUCCUACGCAACCCGUAUCCCAAAGGUCUUCCGAGAACCCCUAUGCGAGCUUCUCAAGCACACAAGGCUUUGCUGAUGUCUUCAAUGAAAAGCUUGUCAGCCAGGGAAAGUCGACUUCCAAGAUCUCGAUCAAGACGCUUACCAAACUCUCCCCGUCGGUGUCUCGGGGUUCUCCAAACCAGGCUAUCAAGACGCCCCCGCGUCUGGUGUCGGAUCAACUGAUCAAUAUCUUCUUCCAGGAGUGGGCACCGCUCUACCCGAUCGUCCACCGCCCAACCAUUCUCAAAGCAUACGAACAGUACUUGAGCAAUGCCGAAUCGCUAAAACAAGACGCUCAUGUCCUGACCCAGUUGAAUCUAAUUUUUGGCAUCGCGGCGUUAUCAUCUAGUUCGAGAACAAACCAGGACCCCGCUUUCUUCGAAGAGAACUGGGCUACAUCUCUAGGCCUCUAUUCCAAUGAAACUACCAUUGGAAGCUUGCAGUGUUUCAUUCUGGCUCAAAUUUAUUGCAUGACGAAGGGUGAUUAUCGCUGCCUUCUGCGCUACCGUGCUCUUGCAGUGGACAUUUGCCAGCAAUUGGGGCUCCACCAAAGUCAGGAUAGCGCGACUUUCAAUCCGUUGGAGGGCGAGACACGAAAGAAGGUUUUUUGGUGCCAAUAUGUAAUGGAUCGUUUCUGUGCUGCUCUGACCGGCAUGCCUAUACUCCUCCGCGAGAGUGAUAUUGAAACCGAGUACCCAGUUGAUGUGGAUGAUGAGAACGUCACGGAGACAGGGUUCUUGCCUACUCUGCCUGGCGAAACCACUCGCAUCUCGAGCGCCCUUGCGUUGUUUGGUGCUUCCAGAAUUUUAAAUAAGGUCCUCGAGGACUUGUAUCCCUCCAAGGCGGGAUAUGAAAUCUACAUGUCCAAGUUGCGUUCAGUCGCGGGUCAGUUGGAUGAGUGGCUCCAAACACUGCCGCCUCAUCUUCGCCUUGAAUUCUCCCAGGACAAGCCUAGCACCAACGUUACAAGUAGCCGUUCACCGCUUCUCUCACUUGUGUACUACUUCAUUCGAUCUCUGAUUCAUCGUCCGGCCGUCUGUUUCGCCGACGAACAUCUUCGCUCUCCGUCGAUUCUCGCACUCUCUGACUCUUCAAAGCAUAUCAUUCAAAUCCUUGAAUUGUUGGAUGAGCGGCGGCUCUGUCUCUCCUUCAGCAUCAAUCGCAAAGAGCUCGUGUUUUUCUCCGGUCUUGGAAUUUUAUGGCAGAUCAUAGGCCUGAAACGUGAAAGCAAGUUGGCCAAGGAGAGCCAGAAGCUGCUUGGUACUGUUCUAGAGCAGCUUCUGCCAGUGUCGUCUACAGCUGCAGCCGAGUUUGGUGCUCUUGCCAACACCUUGGUUCCUCUGGACAUAGGAAAACAAGGAUCCUUGUCCUCUGACCAACAGACGCAGGAGAUGAUGGCACCGACCCACAAACCGUCAAGAUCCCCCAAACGACAAUUGCAAUCUCUCAAGUCCCGCAUUGCCAACAGUGUGAGUCGGGCUCCAUCCUCCAAACAGGCUUCACCCUCUCGUCGAAAUACGAUCUCUGGCGCCGCCCCUCCCAUUGAUUCCCAAUCUCUCCGGUCCCCAAGCUGGACGAGCCUUCCUCCAUCUCAAUCGGAACAAAUCUCCGCCACUCCCUAUCGUCUUGAUAGAGUGCAAUCAUCUCUAGAGCUAGGCUCAGACCCACGAUUGUUGUCUUCAUCCACAGGGUAUGGCCACUCUCGUGCACUAUCCUGCUCCACUCCAUCGGAUGCUCCCGCUGGAGCCAUCACUAUGGCCGACUGGGAGUACGUUCUGAGUGACAUGGACCGAGGUUAUUCGAAUAUCUUCACUGGCAUAUACGGUGGAAAGGAAUGUGGCGAAGAUCCUGGUCCCUUCGCCUCGAUCACAGCCGAAUACACCCAAAAAUCCAAUGAUGGCGCAUUCACAACUCCGUUGGUCCCAACCACCGACGUGCAUGAUCUGUCUCCCGAGGCUUGGUCUGCGAGUAGUGGGGACUUUGUCUCAAACCAGGAUCAUGUUGCACAGAGUGUGCUGAGUUAUUCUGGCGAGAGCAUGGGCAGUGCCGAGGACAAUUUCACCUCUCUGGCAGAAGCCUCUGUCCGUCCGGAUGACAUCGGCCUGAUUGAUCCUUUCCAUGGCCUUGCCAUGCCAGCCGAAGAGGAUUUUGAUGAAUUUUCCCUGUCCAGUGGCUGGGACCGACGGCUGGCCGUCUAG